AUGCACAUGCACAUGCAUGACGUCGGACCGAUUCCACGAUGCAUCUUUCAAUUCAAUGAGUAUAAGGACGGUGUGGAGGAAAUCAAGGACAUCCUGGCAGGUAUCGACGCUUCAAAUGCUGUACAUUAUGGGAUGAUUGGAGGUGUGGAAGAGUGGCCCUCGAAUGACGCUUCUCACAAACUUGUGAAAGUUGUCCGAUCAAUAACACAAAAAAAUGUUGAGGCGUUUGUGAACAUGCCGGCCUGUUUUUCCAUUGAAAGCAAAUUAAUUGGAAGGUUGCUCGAGGUGGAUGAGGAGAAUGGCAUUAUUUUUCGACUAUUGAAGUACCGGAGAGUGUUAUUUCCGGAACUUUUGGGGCGGUGCACUCUGCACGCAUUCCUGCGUAGAGACUUUGUGGAAAAUAUAAUGCCGGGCCUCAACGAGUUGCCUCCACCAGGACGUCGUCGGCGACAGAGAUGUGUGCUGCAAUCGAACCCCGAAAAGCAUCCAAGCAGACCCGUUGCAUUAAUAACGCUGGACCACACUGCUCCCAUGUUGCAUGCAUAA